AAAUAGCAAAAUUACUUACAUAUAAUUUAAAUAAUGUUUUGAUGGUAGCUCAUAAGUAUUACACUUGUAAUAUGAGCAUUUAUUUAACCCUUAUAUGCCUUUUGGGCCUUUCAAGCAUCGCGCUUGCCCAAUUCAAUGAUCUGGAACAACGAAAUUGCGUUAUACCCAAAAUUUUACAAGGAUCUUGGUUUUCCUGGGAGGUAGGUUUACCUACCCAAACUGUAAUUGAUGCUACUUCUAUGUCGAGGCGUGGCUACUGUAUUAACUAUAGACGCUACCACGGUGACGAAUACUCAUUCGUAUUUAAAGAAAGAACCGAAAGUUGCUAUCACUGCGUCCAUGCAAUUAUACGCACAUUAAAUAUAUUUGAGAAAUACGAAGGUCCUUGUGUAAGCCUGCCAACUGGACAGGAGCCCUCGGUUGAAAAUGUGUGCAAGGGUAUUAAGGAUGAUCAGCAGCUAAUAACAUUAUUCAAUGAAAACUUCGUGCCAAUUAAUUGUCGCUCAUCUCUGGAGGGUGUCUGGCAUUUUACAUAUCAAAAUCGAUUCAGAUUCACGGGCUCGUGUGAUAAACCGGAUGCACGAAUUCAGUCUUGUCAAACCGCUGGCACACAGUUUCUUAUACAGAAUCAAAAGUUCAACAUAACUUAUCAAAAGUGUGAGGGCAUGCAGGGCACCUUCAGCGGUACGGUAGAGUUUAGUUGUAUGGGCGAUUGGUUUGUGGGCAAGAAUCAUUACUUUGCUGUUGCCAACACCAAAGAGUCACGCAAGGAUGAAAAGUUCCGCUGCUUCCUAAAGAAUCGCGACGAUGAUCUAUAUGUGGGUGUGUCUAUCACUGCGGAGUGUAAUAUAUUAAAGACACCAGAAAAUUCGCCCGAGCGUCUUAAGCUGACACCAGUCAAGGCAGAGUUUGUGGAACCAGGCUGUACACUACCACAAAAUUUCUCCGGAGACUGGGUUAACACAGCGAAUAUUGAUGCCGAUGUAUCCAUUAGUGAGACGCACAUCAAUGAAACAUAUUACCCCGACAGAGCACGAUAUCGCAAAACGAUUUACGUUUGCCGUGAACGUCGUGGUAAUCGUGUGAUGAUGGCCCGCCUCACAGUAGACGGUUGCCAAAAGGACUAUGUGUGCUUUGACUUUAUGCCCAGGCAUCAUAAUAUCAUACGGUAUCGCAAGGGUCUUGCUGUCAUUAAGGAUGAUUUUAGCACGGUGUGCUCUUGGGUGCAGUUUCCAAAUUCCGAAGCAUGGAAAUAUGACUUGUUCCUUGCUAAAAAUCCAGUACCUGUUCGUUGCCCGGUAGCAGGCAAGUUUAAUUUCACGCAGAGAGGCGAACAUCCUUUUAGAACCAGAAUUCUUGGUGGCGUCACACUGAGUCCACGUCCUGACAUACACUGUAAACAGAACAUUUCUGAUUUAUCAGUGUGCGAUACUGAUCAAAAAGAGUUGGCUGUCGAUGAAAACUACUGCUUAUCUGUGGACCAUUUGGGAAGACCUGUAGAUAUCUACAGCGAUCCUGAUUAUCGUAUGAAAUGCAUUGGCUUUUGGAAAGAGAAUCUUAAAUCAUAUCUAAUUACGUACGAUGACUUGGAUCCGCUUUCCAAAUACCGUUGCUGGGUAUAUCAACGUGCCGACCUGAACCGUGUGCUUAUGUCUCAGGCUGUUGGUGCAUUCUGCAAACUAAACCAAGAUGUCACGUCAUGGAAUCAUUCAGAAGGCGCUGCAGUUGCCAUUGAUGCUGUUGAGUAUGAGCGUGAGAGAGACGAUUGUCCUAUGUAUUUCGACGACGGCUUAAAUCCUUGGAGGCCUUCCGACGCUUCAAACAUAGUGUUUGACUGGGAUUUCUACAAGUCUGGAGCAAUUCGCUUAGCCUGGGCUUUUAGUACUGUACAGGCUGCUUUUGCCACUUGCAUUGCUUUUAUGCUAGCCAGGCAUUUAGUCGCGUAAUCUAUUAAGUAUAUACAUACGUUUAAAGUGUCCGUCCCUCGAAUUCGAGAAUAGUAUAUAUUUCAAAUGUUUGUGCCUUUAAAUUGCAACGCCUAAGUGACAAUUAUAAAUCACAACUUCUGCAUCACUUUAGUUGCUAAGUAAAGUCAUAAUUAGAGAUUUUACAGCUCUCAAUUAUGCUUCGAAACGCAUAAUUUAUACCUGCCGUCCGUAAAAGAAUCUCAAAUUUGUACAAACGAUUUUCACAAUUCAAUAAAAUGUGUACA